CUCAGCGCAGUUGAGCCGUUGAACCGAGCGGCGGCUGUCACCACUCAGCGCGCGCCAUUCCCUCCCGAAAGACCCCCGUCGACUGCAGCCAUGGCGUCCGAAGAGCUGGCGAAGAAGCUCCAGUCGCGGCGUACCGCUACGCAGGAGGCCGAGCCGCGCUCCGAGCCGCGCUGCUGCGAGCCCGGGCCGCCGGAGGCCGACGCGUCCGCCUCCGCCUCCUCCGCCGAGCUGUCCGCCGUGCUGACCCGCCGCCAGGACAUCAACGACGGGAACGCGGCCUCGCGACCGACCCGCGUCUUCAACCCCUACACGGAGUUCAAGGAGUUCUCCCGCAAGCAGAUCAAGGACAUGGAGGCCAUGUUCAAGCGGUACGACACCGGUAGAGACGGCUUCAUCGACCUGAUGGAGCUGAAGCUGAUGAUGGAGAAGCUCGGUGCUCCUCAGACCCACCUGGGCCUGAAGAACAUGAUCAAAGAGGUGGACGAGGACUUUGACGGCAAACUGAGCUACAGAGAGUUCCUGCUGAUCUUCCGGAGAGCGGCGGCCGGGGAGCUGCAGGAGGAGAGCGGUCUGAUGGCGCUCGCCAGGCUUUCUGAGAUCAACGUGUCCACCGAGGGGGUCAUGGGGGCCAAGGACUUCUUUGAAGCAAAGGUUCAGGCUCUGUCUCUGGGCAGCAAGUUCGAGGCUGAGAUCCAGGAGGAGAAAGAGGAGCGCAAGAGACAGGAAGUGGACAAGAAACAGAGGCAAGCCGCCUUCAAGCAGCUGCAGUCGGCCUUCUGCUCCUGACCCCCCCCCCCCCCCAUCUGAGAUCCCACCCGCCGCUUCUCACCCCUCUCGCUCACGGGAGCAAAAAGACAAAGUAAAUACGCACUAAAGUACUUGAAAAUACCUCGUAGGGCCAAAAACAAACGCGUCAUAUCGUGAAGUAUCGUAGAUUCCUCGUGGUUUAUUUCUGUGUAACAAACUGGACGUUUUUAUCUCGAGUUAGUCAUGUGAUCUCCUGAUCGUCGCCUUGGUAACGCCCGAUAGAUAAUAACUACGUCAUAACAAGUAUUAAGUUUAAUCCUUAUGCAACACGUCUGUGAAUAGUUUACAGCUUGAAACCGUCGGGACCAGAUUGAUGAAGAUUUGAUCCAAAAACGACCAGGGAAACGAUUAGCCUAGCGUAGCCUAGCUUAGCAUAAAGACCUGGAGUCUUGUUUGAUUCGUGCAACAAAAAAUCAAGCAGUUAAAAACGAGAGGUUGUGGUUUUAUUUGCACUUUUGCUCAUGAACUUUGACGCUGAAAAGAUAUCGAAGGUUCCGAAGCACACGAAUCCCCCAGAAACCACGACGUCACCCGGAGGGCCUCGUGCUAAGCUAAGCUAAGCUAACUGGGACAGAUAGCCAGAAAGCCAGUGAAGUGGUUCUUCUUCAAUGUUACACGCUUCCUGUUGAAGGCGUGUGGACUGCAGCAGAGAUGAUGGAUCCAGAAGGUUCUCGGUCCGAUGACUUUUGAGUGGUGUAGUUUUAAAUAAACGGUUCUCAGAAGCAUGCGAAGCAUGCGCGGUGCCAGUGUCGAUGUAUUUUAAACCAACGUAGCUCAAGAUCAAUGUUAGAAAACCUACUGAAACCAGAACAAGCAGCUGAAGUUAUGCAGUCCAAGUUUAUCUUUCAUUUAUUAGACUCUUUGAAGGGUUUCACACUGUGACAUAAGAAUAGAUGUUUGUUUUAGUCUGUAGUUUUAAAAAAGGGUCCCGCAGUGAUUCAUGUUGCACAUUCAUAAGGUUAAGGAUCAAAAAUACUACAUUCCCCAUAAUGCAACGCCUGGUAUCCUCUCCCUUCUGUCUACCCUGUGAUGUCACAGUGAUGUCAUCGCGGUCCCUUCCCUGUGAUAUGACCUUUAGUUCUUUAGAUGUCAGCUGUUGGGUUUUGGACUGAAACGAAUCUUAAUCUCUUCUUCAAACUAUUGACCCUUUUCUUUCUGAGAUGUGUGUUUAGUUCUCUGGUCGCGACUCGUCUGAAAACCUCAUGUGAAGAAAAUGUGUAACGACGACCCUUUUGGUUUUAUUCCAUAUUAAUGUGUUUAAUUUGUUGGACGCUUUGAGUUGUCAUUUAACACAAACUACUGUGUGUCGUUUACCUUCUUUGGUGUCUGUUGUGCAUAACUGACAAUGUAUUUUUUCAUGAAUAAAUUAGUAUAUAUAUUGUUAAUUGUUUUAGCAGAGGCUUAUAAGUUGCCAAAUAUGACAAAAAAUAAAGGUCAUUGAGAUAUUUUUUGUGGCAAAGAUAUUGUGUUGCAGUCAGAAUUAAAGGAUGAAUUCAACUGAUAUGAACCUCUGAGUUUGAAUAAAGAAUUAAAGCAGA